AUGAACUACCCACUAACCCUGGACACGGACUUCAGCACCUAUAACAACCUGGAGGACCUGUACAAGGAAUGGGCCAUCUACAAUAGCAGCACGGAGAUCCCCUCACAGGAAAGUCAGUUCUGUUCCACAGUGGAGGGACCCCUCCUGACCUCCUUCAAGGCAAUCUUCAUGCCUGUGGCCUACAGCCUCAUCUUCCUCCUGGGGAUGAUGGGAAACAUCCUGGUGCUUGUGAUCCUGGAGCGGCACCGGCACACUCGAAGCUCGACCGAGACCUUCCUGUUCCACCUGGCGGUAGCUGACCUCCUCCUGGUCUUUAUCCUGCCUUUUGCAGUGGCUGAGGGCUCUGUGGGCUGGGUCCUAGGGACCGUGCUCUGCAAAGUUGUGAUCGCGCUGCACAAAAUCAAUUUCUACUGCAGCAGCCUGCUGCUGGCCUGCAUAGCCGUAGACCGUUACCUGGCCAUCGUCCACGCUGUCCACGCCUACCGCCGCCGCCGCCUCUUCUCCAUCCACAUCACCUGCGCCACCAUUUGGCUGGCCGGCUUCCUGUUUGCCUUGCCAGAAGUCCUCUUUGCCAAGGUCGGCCAACCUCAUAACAAUGACUCCCUGCCACAGUGCACCUUCUCUCAAGAGAACGAAGCUGAAACCAAAGCCUGGUUCACCUCCCGUUUCCUCUACCACAUUGGGGGCUUCCUGCUACCAAUGCUGGUGAUGGGUUGGUGUUAUGUGGGGGUGAUACACAGACUCUGUCAGGCCCAGCGGCGCCCUCAGCGGCAGAAAGCAGUCAGGGUGGCCAUCCUAGUGACAAGUAUUUUCUUUCUUUGCUGGUCACCUUACCACGUUGUCAUUUUCCUAGACACACUGGAGAGACUGAAGGCUGUGGACAGCAGCUGUGAACUGAGUGGCUAUCUCUCUGUGGCCAUCACCGUGUGUGAAUUCCUGGGCCUGGCCCACUGCUGUCUCAAUCCCAUGCUCUACACCUUCGCUGGUGUCAAGUUCCGCAGUGACUUGUCUAGGCUUCUGACGAAGUUGGGCUGUGCUGGCCCAGCCUCCCUUUGCCAAGUUUUCCCCAGCUGGCGCAAGAGCAGUCUCUCUGAGUCAGAGAAUGCCACCUCUCUCACCACCUUCUAGAUGCCAGA